UAUGCGUUACAACGUUAAUACUAUUUGAUUUAUAAUGUUUUUGAAAUGUAAUGAAACAUGAAUUAAACUUUAAAGUAAAUAUUUAUCUUUUGGAAUGAUACAAUGACAGAAAUGAGUACCGAGGUGGUGAACAUGACCGACAACGGAGAUGACGACCAGUGGUUGUAUGGAGAUUCAAAUUCAAAUCCUCCUGGUAUAUCUGUUGAAAAUGGUAAAUCACCAACUAAAUUAGUUGGUGUUGUAGAAGAUGAGGUAAAUUUGUUAUAAAAUAAUUAUUUAACAGCUAACUAGAAAAUAAACAUUUUAUUUAUAGGAAGCUCGUCUUAUGGAGUUUUUGGCAAAUCCUGGACCAGGUAAUAUUUUAUGUUAUCCAUUUAUUUUGAGUACUAAUAUUUUGUAUUAUAAAUAUAUUAUGUUAAUUUUUAAGACCUAAAAUAGUUCUUCGGAAUACAUAGUUUAACCUACAAAAUUGUACUGUUUUACAACUAGAAAACUUGUUCCACUGAAAAAUUUAUUGAAAUUUAUAAUGUGUUAAACUUAUUACUUAAGACGUAAACAAACUAAUUUAAAACUAUUUAUUAAUUAAUUUUAAUUUUAUAUUUUAUGUUAAAGGAAGUAUAGAUGGGUUAACUCCUAUAAAAAAAGAAUUAGAUAAUGGUGAUCCUAAUCGACCAAGAAGUCCAGAAACAUUUUUAGGAGGAGCAGUAAUCCAAAAUGAUCCUCUAGAUAAACCAACUGACAUGAAUAAUUUAGUAACUUCAACUAUAGAAGAAGACAUUAUUCCUGAAAAAUUAGCUGAGCAGAAUAAUGAAGACAAACAAAUGUCAUCUGAAGAUAGUGAAGAAGAUAGUGAUGAUGACAUUGUUGUAGCAUCAGGACAUUUUACACUGUCUUCGAUGGAAAACAGUGCACCAAUUUUACCUCAAAAUAAUGCAAGCCCAUCAACUGCUGGAAUAAACUUAAAACGAAAUAAUUUAUUAACAUUAACAAAUAUUCAAGGAAUGUCAUCUGGAAAUAAAGUAAUUAAAACAUUUUAAUGAAUUAUUUUUAUUAUUUGUACCUUUAAAAGUAAUUAAAACAUUUUAAUGAAUUAUUUUUAUUAUUUGUACCUUUCUCAGUUUUUGAUAAUCAACUUUUUUUUUAAAUUAAAUUAAAUUGAUUCUUAUUUUUAGAAUCAAGGAAAAUUUAAUGUCGAAGAUUUUGAAAGUAUAGGUACUAUAAAUGGUGUUCCUGCUCAUGAAUAUUCAAUUGAAACUACCGAAGAAAAACCAUGGUUGAAACCUGGUGCAGAUAUCACAGGUACUUUUGUUAGACUUUUUGCUAAGCUGAGAUAUUCUCAGCAAAAUGUAAUGGUUUUACCAUAAAAUUGGUAUGUUUUUUUUUUUAAUUAUCUUAAAACAACUUUUCUAUCCAAAAUCUGGCUUCAAUUUAAAAUUGUUGUUAAAUUAGGGAAGUUAUUUUUUGAUUUUCCGAGUGAUUUUCAUAAUAAUUGUGAAAAACUAGAAAAAAAUGGAAAGGAAUCGGAAAUAAUAAGAAUUGUAAUGAAAAUAAACAUAGUAGGGAAGAGGAGAAAAGGAAGACCGAAAAAGAGGUGACUGGAUGCAAUUGAGAAUAAUGUAAGGACAGUCGGUGUAUGUGAGGUGGGAAAUCAGGUUAAGUGGAAGUUAAAACGGGAUUGGCUGGAUAUUAGCUGGGAUGAAGGUGAAGAAGAAUAAUUAAAUUUAGUUAAUAUUAUUAUCAAUUAUAAUUAAUUGAAGUUUGAUUAUGGAAGUAAUAUGUACAUAGAAAAUAUUAAAAUGUUUUCCAUUAAGUAUUUUAUUAAUUUAAAAUUUUGAUUUUUAGAUUAUUUCAAUUAUGGUUUUAAUGAAAACACAUGGUUAGCGUAUUGUGAGCGUCAAAGAAAAAUGAGAUGUAAUGAAUCUUUAGUGGGAAUGGCAACAUUGGCUAUGCAUAAUCAACAAGUUCCUUCUUCUUUAAAUAUUGCAAAUAAUAAUAUAAUUCCAACAUUAGAAAUUAAAUCAAAUAUCAAAUUUCAAGCGCCAAAUGUUCCUUCACCUAAGGAAAAUACGAUUGAAGUAUGUAUUAAUAGUACAAUUAAUGAUAUUUUAACUAAGUGUCUAACAGAAAUUUCCUAAUAUUAUUUAAGUGACAGUAAUAAUUAAAAUUCCAUUUCUUUAUAAUUUUAAAUAUGUAUUUUCAAUAUCAUAGUAUAUUAAAUAAUUUACUUUCAUCUUAAUUUGUAUUAAUUUAUGUAUUAGGUUAUGACUGCAGAGAGGAGAGAAUACAGCCGUAAGCAUUUUUCAACUCCUGAUUUGUCUAUACCUCCACCAAUAAUUCCCACAAACUUUGAUGUUCCCCCACCAAUGAUUCCGAGCUCAAUAAAUUCUAUCCCGCCACCUGGGUAAAUAUAAAUUUUGGACUUUAAAUCAAUACAAUAACUCCUAUUUUUAUAUUUUUAAAUUAGAUUUGGUCCUCCACCGAUUAAUGUGCCUUAUGAACCAGAAUACUAUCCUCAUGAACCAGAUCCAUACUAUAAUACAUUUGAACCCACUCAAGAUAUGCAAUGGAAUCAAGUAACUAAAUAUUUGAAUAAGUUUUAUUUAAACUUUUAAUUUACUAUCAGUCAUAUAUGUAACUUGGGAUCACAAAUUUAUUUUAUGUGGUACAUUUUUAAAUGCCCACUUACAUAUAUUAACUUAUAACCAGGGCUUGGAUGUUCUUGACUUUUCGGGAGUGUCUUACAUUUAUGCUUUGCUCCCUAAAAAUGUAUUUCAAAAUUUAAUAAUAUAUUAAUCAAAGCUUUAAUUUUUAUUUUUCAACUAUCAACAUUUUUAUUUAAUUUUUUUUGUAUUUAAGUAUAAACACUAUACAGUUUUUGAAAAUUAUAAGUAUAAAUAAUACAUUACUAGAAUUAUAAAAUUAAACAAAUAUUUAUCACAUAGAUAAUGUUUCCUAAGAAUUCUAAAGAAUAAAGCAUUUUACAAAUUUUAAUUCAUAUUUAACUAUUUCCACUAAUUAUUUGACAAUUUUAACAAACAUAUAUAAAAAAAUUCUAGAUCAAAAUCAAUAUUUCAUGAUUUAAUUUUUAAUCUUUUAUUCAAUUAUUUUAAAUUUUAAAUUUUAUGUUUGAACAUUAUAUUUAUUAUUGUAACAAUUAGUAAUUUAAAAAAUCUAUACUUCCCAUCAUGGGUUACCAUAGGUGGGAAGAAGUGAAAAGGAUUAGGAUAUUUUUUUUUUUUUUGUUAACAGCCCAAGGGAUGGUUGGCAGCAAUUCUCCACUCCUGACGCUUUUCCGCUUUCCUUUUUAAUUCGUAAUAAGAUCUGCAGUCCAUAUCUCUUACUACUUGACUAAUGUAGUCCAGUGCAGUCGCCCUCUGCUGUUAUUCCCUUCAAUGGCACCUUCUAUUAUCCUGCUAAGNUCUGUCCAACUUAUUCUAAGUAGUCUUCUAUAACACCAUGUCUCGAACGCUAAGAGUCUUUUUUCUUCUGUUUUACCUAUGGUCCAUGUCUCACUUCCAUACAGUGCUACGCUCCAAAAUUAUUAGUUAUUUGAUCUUAAUUUAUUAUUUGUUGUUUUGUUAUUUGUUUGUUGGAAAUUUAAAAAAUUUUAUAUAUUAAAUAUUAUUAUCUGCAUCUUUUAAAGUACAUUUGAAUAAUUUAGUGCAUUUUAAUUAGAAGAAAAAUUGUUUUCCAAGAAUCUAAAAAUAAUAAUUUCAAAAAUAUUUGUAGAUAAUAUUUUAUAGAUUUUUAAGAAUAUCAACAUCUGGGUCCUAAUUAUAAACUAGCAUAGACAUAAUAUCAUAUAACUUAACCAUAUUAUAAUAAAACCUAAUUAGGCACUACAUAUUCAUUUUAUAUAGUUAUUUGUUAUAUUUAUUAAAUUAAUUAAGAUUUACCUUUAUUAGAGUUGGAAUUCAAACAUUAAAAGUAUAGAGAACAUUCCUACUCUUUCAAAUGGGGAUUCAUACAAUAAAGCAAGACCGGUAAUGCUAAUUAUUGUUUUAUAAUAAUAUAAUACAUAAAUUACAUGCAGGUAAUAUAUAAUAUCGCAAAUUUAUGCAUUUCACAGGAUUUGGUAAGAGAUAAAGAAUAUUAUGCUGCACGUGUUAAAAAAGAACCAGAAGAUAGAGUUUAUGAAAGAGAACGUGAGGGUAGAAAUCGAUAUCGUGAAAGAGAUCGUGAUAGGGAUCGUGAUCGUGAACGAGACAGAGAAAGGGAACGUAGUAGACAUAGAGAAAGGUAAGUUAUUGUUUAGUAUUGAAUAUGAGAAAAUAAUAAUUAUUUGAAAUAUUUGCUAUUAUAUAUUAAAUUGUAAACACAAAUUUAGUGAUGGUGUUGAAAGUCCAGAAACAAGUUAUAAAGAAGAGAGGGAUUAUAAACAUAAGUAAUAAUUAUUUAAUUUAGAAUUAGUUAAUAUUUUUUUUUUAAAUCAUCAUAUUUUCACCAGGUCACAUCGUCAUCGUUCUCGAAGUCGUAGUCAUGAAAAACGUUCUAGGAAACAUAAAUCUCGUAGUAGAAGUGGGUCUAGACAUCGUCAUAAAAAGAAGAAAAAGAAAUCUGAUAAGAACAAGGAGGAUGAUAAUAGUGAAUAA